AUGGCGGAGUAUGAAUGUUGCGAGCCCAACUUCUUCAUACACAUAGCAGUGAUAGUGUUUCUUGUCUUGUUCGCUGGCCUCAUGUCUGGUCUAACAUUGGGUCUUAUGUCUAUGAGUCUCGUUGAUCUUGAGGUUCUCGCCAAAUCCGGCACACCCCAAUAUCGCAAAUAUGCUGCAAAGAUAUUGCCAGUGGUAAAGAAUCAGCAUCUGUUGCUUGUCACUUUACUUAUAUGCAACGCAGCUGCUAUGGAGACGCUUCCCAUAUUUCUUGAUGCCCUUACCACCGCAUGGGGUGCCAUUUUGAUUUCAGUCACAUUGAUUCUUCUCUUUGGCGAGAUUAUACCUCAGUCAAUAUGUUCACGUUAUGGUUUGGCAAUUGGUGCAACAGUAGCUCCGUUUGUCCGUGUCCUAGUCUUUGUCUGCUUACCAGUUGCAUGGCCGAUAAGCAAGCUUCUGGACUUUCUAUUGGGUCAUCGUCGUGCAGCGCUUUUCCGAAGAGCUGAGCUGAAAACGCUUGUGGAUUUCCAUGGAAAUGAGGCUGGAAAGGGCGGAGAGUUGACUCAUGACGAAACGACAAUCAUUGCAGGAGCUCUCGAACUCUCUGAGAAAAUGGUCAAGGAUGCGAUGACACCAAUAUCUGAUAUCUUUGUGGUUGACAUCAAUGCUAAACUAGACAGAGAUUUAAUGAACUUGAUUCUUGAGAAAGGACAUAGCAGAGUUCCUGUAUACUAUGAGCAGCCAACUAACAUCAUCGGCCUUGUUUUGGUAAAAAACUUACUGACUAUUAAUCCAGAUGAAGAAACACCCGUCAAGAAUGUCACAAUAAGAAGGAUUCCAAGAGUUCCAGAAACCUUGCCUUUAUAUGACAUAUUGAAUGAGUUCCAGAAAGGGCUAAGCCACAUGGCUGUUGUCGUGAGGCAGUGCGACAAAAUCCACGCAUUACCUUGUAAAAAUGAGAGUGUUAAGGAAGCCCGAGUGGAUGUGGAUAGUGAAGGAACUCCUCAAGAGAGAAUGCUAAGGACAAAGAGAUCGCUUCAGAAGUGGAAGAGCUUCCCGAAUCGAGCAAGUUCGUUUAAAAGAUCAAAGACCAAGAAGUGGUCAAAGGACAAUGAUGCAGACAUCCUGCAGUUGAAUGGCAACCCGCUGCCUAAACUAGCCGAGGAAGAAGAAGCUGUUGGAAUCAUUACAAUGGAGGAUGUUAUUGAGGAACUUCUGCAGGAGGAGAUCUUUGACGAAACGGAUCACCAUUUUGAAGACUCCUGA